CCAUCCCUCACCAGGCAGUCUGGAGUGAGGAAGAGACUAGAAAGAGAGACCCAGUGAAGAACCAGGACUCUGGAAUAGUCUAGACCACAUUCCUCUGAACCAGACCUGACAAGGUAUUGUGAAGUUAUUUUGGUUUACCUGUGUGAGUCAAUCACAGUGUUGCUGUGAUUUGUCUGCAUAGUGGUUCAGUAUAGUGAUGUAGUGAUUUAGAAUGAUUUAGAAUAUACAGCCUGUCUGUAGUGAUUGUAGACAGUAUGGUGCACUGAGUGAUUAACUUCUUGGUCAGAAACCAGUCUCUCAAGAAUUUAAACUUUUCCUCUCGUGGGAAAUUUAUACAUUUUAUGCUUUGCCCUCCUUGUGCCCUGUAGAUAAGAAACGUACUAAUAUACUGUAGUUCUUUCAAUUUGGCCCCAUGAAGAUAAGACCUUUUUUUUUUCUGGCUGGAAAAUUAAUUUAGAAAUUAAUUAUACAAUGCAUUUUUAUGCCUUGCAGAUACAGUAUGCCAUAUUUCUGACAAAGAGAAAUGUCCACUGUUUCACACUUUUAAAAAAACGUUCUGUGCAGUUCCAGUAUGGAACUUCUGUACCUCUAUACAGUUAAGUUACACAGGCCUACGCAGUAUAGCCAGUGUGUGUAUAUACGUAUACUCCAGAAAAUGCUAGGCAUUUGUCUGUGAAGCUAAUUUUGCUUUUAGUACAUUUCUGUGGUGCUUUUGGAGCCAGCCCUGUCUCCAAAAUGUGAGUAGAAUAGGUAAAGGUCAUUGUAUUUUACAGUAACUUAAAACAUAAUAGUUUUAUGCAUGUUAUUUACUCUGGAAUAUAUACUAUUAAGAAUGCACUCCAUAGGUAACAUAAUACAACAUAUUUUAAAAUAAGUGCUCUAUAUUUUUGAUAUCCCUAUAAUUACCUGUGUAGAUCCCUGUAUAUAUUUAGUGUAUAGAUUGUUAUUCAGCCUGUAAAUGUACAGUGCCUUGCAAAAGUAUUCAUCCCCCUUGGCCAAUUUCCUAUUUUGUUGCAUUACAACCUGUAAUUUAAAUGGAUUUUUAUUUGGAUUUCAUGUAAUGGACAUACACAAAAUAGUCCAAAUUGGUGAAGUGAAAUGAAAAAAAUUACUUAUUUCAAAAAAUUCUAAAAAAUAAAUAACGGAAAAGUGGUGCGUGCAUAUGUAUUCACCCCCUUUGCUAUGAAGCCCCUAAAUAAGAUCUGGUGCAACCAAUUACCUUCAGAAAUCAAAUAAUUAGUUAAAUAAAGUCCACCUGUGUGCAAUCUAAGUGUCACAUGAUCUGUCACAUGAUCUCAGUAUAUAUACACCUGUUCUGAAAGGCCCCAGAGUCUCCAACACCACUAAGCAAGAGACACCACCAAGCAAGCGGCACCAUGAAGACCGCUCCAAACAGGUCAGGGACAAAGAUGUGGAGAAGUACAGAUCAGGGUUGGGAUAAAAAAAUAUCCGAAACUUUGAACAUCCCACGGAGCACCGUUAAAUCCAUUAUUAAAAAAUUGAAAGAAUAUGGCACCACAACAAACCUGCCAAAAGAGGGCCGCCCAACAAAACUCACGGACCAGGCAAGGAGAGCAUUAAUCAGAGAGGCAACAAAGAGACCAAAGAUAACCCUGAAGGAGCUGCAAAGAUCCACAGCGGAGAUUGGAGAAUCUGUCCAUAGGACCACUUUAAGCCGUACACUCCACAGAGCUGGGCUUUACGGAAGAGUGGCCAGACAACAGCCAUUGCUUACAGAAAAAAAUAAGCAAACACGUUUGGUGUUCGCCAAAAGGAAUGUGGGAGACUCCCCAAACAUAUGGAAGAAGGUACUCUGGUCAAAUGAGACUAAAAUUGAGCUUUUUGGCCAUCAAGGAAAACGCUAUGUCUGGCGCAAACCCAACACCUCUCAUCACCCCGAGAACACCAUCAUGCUGUGGGGAUGUUUUUCAUCGGCAGGGACUGGGAAACUGGUCUGAAUUGAAGGAAUGAUGGAUGGCGCUAAAUACAGGGAAAUUCUUGAGGGAAACCUGUUUCAGUCUUCCAGAGGUUUGAGACUGGGACGGAGGUUCACCUUCCAGCAGGACAAUGACCCUAAGCAUACUGCUAAAGCAACACUCGAUUGGUUUAAGGGGAAACAUUUAAAUGUCUUGGAAUGGCCUAGUCAAAGCCCAGACCUCAAUCCAAUAGAGAAUCUGUGGUAUGACUUAAAGAUUGCUGUACACCAGCGGAACCCAUCCAACUUGAAGGAGCUGGAGCAGUUUUGCCUUGAAGAAUGGGCAGAAAUCCCAGUGGCUAGAUGUGCCAAGCUUAUAGAGACAUACCCCAAGAGACUUGCAGCUGUAAUUGCUGCAAAAGGUGGCUCUACAAAGUAUUGACUUUGGGGGGUGAAUAGUUAUGCACGCUCAGGUUUUCUGUUUUUUGUCUUAUUUCUUGUUUUCUUUUCACAACAAAACAUAUUUUGCAUCUUCAAAGUGGUAAGCAUGUUGUGUAAAUCAAAUGAUAUAAACCCCCCAAAAAUCCAUUUUAAUUCCAGGUUGUAAGGCAACAAAAUAGGAAAAAUGCCAAGUCAUGUUUUUAUUUUAUUUUAAUUUACAGUCAUGUAAAACCUUGCAGGUACAGUGGGGGAAAAAAGUAUUUAGUCAGCCACCAAUUGUGCAAGUUCUCCCACUUAAAAAGAUGAGAGGCCUGUAAUUUUCAUCAUAGGUACACGUCAACUAUGACAGACAAAAUGAGGAAAAAAAUCCAGAAAAUCACAUUGUAGGAUUUUUUAAUGAAUUUAUUUGCAAAUUAUGGUGGAAAAUAAGUAUUUGGUCAAUAACAAAAGUUUCUCAAUACUUUGUUAUAUACCCUUUGUUGGCAAUGACACAGGUCAAACGUUUUCUGUAAGUCUUCACAAGGUUUCACACACUGUUGCUGGUAUUUUGGCCCAUUCCUCCAUGCAGAUCUCCUCUAGAGCAGUGAUGUUUUGGGGCUGUCGCUGGGCAACACGGACUUUCAACUCCCUCCAAAGAUUUUCUAUGGGGUUGAGAUCUGGAGACUGGCUAGGCCACUCCAGGACCUUGAAAUGCUUCUUACGAAGCCACUCCUUCAUUGCCCGGGCGGUGUGUUUGGGAUCAUUGUCAUGCUGAAAGACCCAGCCACGUUUCAUCUUCAAUGCCCUUGCUGACGGAAGGAGGUUUUCACUCAAAAUCUCACGAUACAUGGCCCCAUUCAUUCUUUCCUUUACACGGAUCAGUUGUCCUGGUCCCUUUUCAGAAAAACAGCCCCAAAGCAUGAUGUUUCCACCCCCAUGCUUCACAGUAGGUAUGGUUUGUCCGAGUGCUGCUGGUCUAAGGCACGCAUCGCAGUGCUAAUGUGCACUAGAAUCAUGGUUCCAAUCCGCUCUGUCGUCAGCCGCCGGACCGGAGAACUAUGGGCGGCGCACAAUUGGCCCAGCGUGUCUAGGGUAGGGAGGGAAUGGCCGGCAGGGAUGUACUCAGUUGAUAGAGCAUGUUUGCAACCCAGGUUGUGGGUCGAUUCCCACGGGGGCCAGUAUAAAAAAAAAAAAAAAAAAAAAAAAAUGUAAUCACUAACUGUAAGUCGCUCUGGAUAAGAGCGUCUGCUAAAUGACUAAAAGUAGGUAUGGUUUCUUUGGAUGCAACUCAGCAUUCUUUGUCCUCCAAACACGACGAGUUGAGUUUUUACCAAAAAGUUCCAAUCCUCUUCUGGAUCAUCCAAUUGCACUCUAGCAAACUUCAGACGGGCCUGGACAUGUACUGGCUUAAGCAGGGGGACACGUCUGGCACUGCAGGAUUUGAGUCCCUGGCGGCGUAGUGUGUUACUGAUGGUAGGCUUUGUUACUUUGGUCCCAGCUCUCUGCAGGUCAUUCACUAGGUCCCCCCGUGUGGUUCUGGGAUUUUUGCUCACCGUUCUUGUGAUCAUUUUGACCCCACGGGGUGAGAUCUUGCGUGGAGCCCCAGAUCGAGGGAGAUUAUCAGUGGUCUUGUAUGUCUUCCAUUUCCUAAUAAUUGCUCCCACAGUUGAUUUCUUCAAACCAAGCUGCUUACCUAUUGCAGAUUCAGUCUUCCCAGCCUGGUGCAGGUCUACAAUUUUGUUUCUGGUGUCCUUUGACAGCUCUUUGGUCUUGGCCAUAGUGGAGUUUCGAGUGUGACUGUUUGAGGUUGUGGACAGUUGUCUUUUAUACUGAAAACAAGUUCAAACAGGUGCCAUUAAUACAGGUAACGAGUGGAGGACAGAGGAGCCUUUUAAAGAAGAAGUUACAGGUCUGUGAGAGCCAGAAAUCUUGCUUGUUUGUAGGUGACCAAAUACUUAUUUUCCACCAUAAUUUGCAAAUAAAUUCAUUAAAAAUGUGAUUUUCUAGAAAAAAAAUUCUCAAUUUGUCUGUCAUAGUUGACGUGUACCUAUGAUGAAAAUUACAGGACUCUCUCAUCUUUUUAAGUGGGAGAACUUGCACAAUUGGUAGCUGACUAAAUACUUUUUUUCCCCACUGUAGGUGCAACAGACUGUCAAUACACCCUGUGUGUUGAUACUGACAAUACACACCCUGUGAUAUGAUACACACACUUAUGCAAGUGGCCACGAGGGGAUUGAUUCACUGUUGCGGUUGUGAUUUGGCGUCAAGGGCAACAGGCUGGUCGCCUCAUUUCUGACAUAUCUCCUGAUCUUCCCUAAUGGAGCUCUAUUCUCCAGGGUUUCCAUUACAUGGGUAUUACCAUCCUGUUAGGGGGACUCUGACAUCAGGGCAGGAAAGGAUAAGGGAGACCCAGUUACCCCUCUUACGCCUACAUUCAUGUGUCAGUGACUUCAGUGUAUUGCUGGCAACCGUAGUGGAAGAUGGGGAAGGGUCCAAGAUCGUGCUGAGGCUAAUGUCUUGUUUUCAUUUUGAGGAAUGUUUCUUAACUUGAUUAAACUCCACAUUUUCAGUGUUUUACUCAUCAUAUGAUGUAAUAACACCAGUAGAAUCAUGCAACGUUUAAGUAAAAAACGAUGUGAAAUAAUACAUGUGCACUUCUAACUAAGUCAUACUUAAUUCCUUAAAUCAUUCUGAGUUGAGUGAGAUUAGUGGACAUGUCUAUUAUAACACAAGGUUAUGACUUCCUAGUGGAUGUUUUAUACAUUUUGAUCUGUGACUGAAUAUAUAUAUUUUUUUUAGAAAGUGGCAUAUCCUAGUGGUCUGUCCUUCUGACCUCCCCACUAUCCCACCCCACCCUCCCCAAUUACUUGUCUGUCUGAGAUCGCAUCACCAUCCCUGCUCCUUGUCAUUGUCAAUCUGGGCUCUUGGGGCCUAACCGUGUCCCAUUGUUUACCCCAAGAGUGUCUGGGUUCUGUCUGUCAAUCAAUUAUAAAGUGCCUUCCUGAAGCUCUGUGGCUUAGGCCACAUGCUAGGAAUAUUUACUGCUGUAGACAAUUGGCGGACAUAUGGAUUUGUCCUUGUAAGUCACUGUGGUGUGCCAGUUCUAAAACAUACCAUAGACAAGCUAUCUAUAGGACAUAUUUUGAUGGACCAAAUGUCUUGAUGAAGCCGCAGAGUUGCAGUUGAUUGAUCAUCAGCUGUGUGUCUUUGUAUCUCUCUCUCUCUGUGUUCCCUUGUAACAACAUUCAGACACAUCAAAAUGUCUGGACAAAUCCCAGCACUCCCAGAAUCCUUUGCUCCAGGAAUAGAUGGCGUGUUCUCGGACCGCAUUGGCUUCUACUCUCUGGACUCCAACGUCCCUGGCCUGUCCAAGGUCAUUCUCAACAAACUCAACAUGAAGGAUUAUGGGGAAUACAGGUAAAUAUAGGCUGACAUGUAAUCUGACAAACUCAAUUACCAAGCAAGCACCCAACCAAUAGCCCCAUUUCACCAACCCCAAACGUGUGCGCGCUGUCACUACAUUUUAAAAGCUACUUUGACCCUUAGGGCCACCAUAUCAAACCUGUAAUAUUUUCUGAUUACACAAUUUUACAUCAAUAAACAACAUACUCACCCACAACAUGAUGGUAAAGUAUUGAUACUAUUUGAUUAUUAUUCUUUGUGUGAAAGCAGUUGUGUGUCUGUCACCCCAGGGCAGCUAUGGAAGGGAAGACUAAGGGAGGGGUGUUCCGUAACUACAAGGAGAUGUUCCAGAAAAUGGAGGAGACGUUUAAAUUCUGUGCCAGAUGCAACAAGCUUCCACAGCACCUCUCACAGGGCCAGACACUCAAGCGUUGUGUGAAGUGAGUCAAAACAUUGAGGAGUUACAGGUCAAUGAAUGAAAUGUGACCACAAAGUAGGGUUAAACUCAUAAACUAAUUUGAUGAAAGUUAUUAAAGUUGAAAAAUGUUUACUUGUAUAGUUUCAUUGCGUAUAAAGGACUUGUCUACACUGACUGUACAAAACAUUAGGAACACCUGCUCUUGUGGAUGUCGAUGAAGGCAGCCCUCCGCACCUCUCUGAUUCAGAGGGGUUGGGUGAAAUGCGGAAGACACAUUUCAGUUGAAUGCAUUCAGUUGUACAACUGACUAGAUAUCCCCCUUUCCUUUCCCUUUCUUUCCACGACAGACUGACCAGGUGAAUCCAGGUGAAAGCUAUGAUCCCUUAUUGAUGUCACCACUUCAAUCAGUUUAGAUGAAGGGAAGGUGGCAGGUUAAAGAAGGAUUUGUAAGCCUUGAGACAAUUGAGAUUGGAUUGUGUAUGUGUGCCAUUCAGAGGGUGAAUGGGAAAGACAAAAUAUUUAAGUGCCUUUGAACAGGGUAUGGUAGUAGGUGCCAGGCACACCGGUUUGAGUGUGUCAAGAGAUCCUGGUUCGAAUCCAGGCUCUGUCGUAGCCGGCCGCGACCGGGGGCGGCGCACAAUUGGCCCAGCGUCGUCCAGGGUUGGGGAGGGGAUGGCCGGCUGGGAUGUUGGUAGAGCAUGGCGUUUGCAACGCCAGGGUUGUGGGUUCGAUUCCCACGGGGGGCCAGUAUGAAAAAAAUAUAUAAUGAAUGCACUCACUAACUGUAAGUCGCUCUGGAUAAGAGCGUCUGCUAAAUGACUAAAAUGUAAAAAAUGUAAAAUGUAUAUUUGCUUAUCAAAAAAGAGCAGAUAACUUCCACAUUUGCCUGCCAACCCCUCGAUGCACUCUCUACAACAUGACAUCAUUCUAUGGUCAGCAAUGUCAUAACGCAGAAGGGAAGGUAUUUUGAUCUAUUCCCCAAUAGCUGUCAUGUGUUAAGCAUGUUGACCAGUGCCGUCCACACAACACAUUCAUGUGCAGCUCAUUUCUUCAACAACAUGAUGAUAGGACAGUUAGGUGCAGACAGAACUGAAGACUCACUGGAUCCUAGCCAAGGGCAGAUUUAGCCAGGCGUUCCGACUCUCUCAUCUCUCAGCAACUCUAUGACUUUGUCCAGUUGGAGAAGACGAUUUGUUGAACUCAACCUGCAGUUUCUAAUGACACGUCAAGUCUAUCAUAUUUCAAUAUAAGAAUCUAUUAUUGACCAUAGUGGUAAGCAAUUUAUAUCUACAAACUUCUCCAUGACAGACUUUCGUCAUUCAGUUCCAUUCCAGCCGGAAAGCUUCAUAGCUGUUACACAAACAGUAUAGACACAUCAAACCUGGGUUCAAAUAACAUUUGAUUUCUUUCAAAUACUUUGAGCAUAUGAUUGAGCCUGUCUGAAGCGCCAGCUGGGCAAUUUUGAGGCUCAGGAGAUUCCAGCUACAAUGGCCUGUCCCAGACAAGGAAAGUACAACCGAUUCCUGGGGACGCAAGACAGAGCUGUUCGCAUUAUUGCAAUGUCGACUAGGGGUGGCAGGGUCUUUGGCAUAAAGGAUUAUCACCUAUAAACCCAUGGGAAAACGUAUUCACUGGUGGGUUGUGAUUUAUGACUCGAAAGAUAGCUUUUGUCAGAAUUUGGCAUUUCACAAAAUAACUUCCAAUAGCUUUAGGUAUAGUUCACAGACUAAAGGACAUUUUUGUAACCUCUGCACUAGACAAUAGUUUGAAAACACUUCACUACCAUUAAUUCAGAGACUCGCUGCCCAGAAAGUGGAGAAACUACUUUGUCCAGUCUGGAUCACCUCAUCAGCACUGAGGGUAUUUGAAAGUGGCUCUGGACAAGGGUGACUGAUAAUUGAAUACAUGUUAAUCUAAAUGUAACCAGGUCUGGGGCUUAGAGUGGUGCAUGAUGGGUGAGUGUAUUAUGGUCUCAGAGAGUAGCCAGGCAGCCACCCCAGUCGACAGCAUUAUCUCACCACCUAAACCAUGUGGCCAGGCACAAGACCGGUGGUUGUAUAAUCAGCAGUAAAUUCCCACCUAAAUUCUGUCCUUUACCGCAGCUAUUUAACACCGGCUGCUCUUGAAAACAGGACAGACUCCAACAGAGUCUUAAAUGUGUCAAAAUGCCUCCAUUGAUAGCUAAGGUCAGAGUUUGAACCUGGCCGUGGCAUGACUCUACACACCAAUGUGAUAUGGCUACUAUUAAUAUACCAAGACAAAAUAGCCACUAAUCUCACAAGAAGCAAGCCUGUGAUGUGAUUCCAAAGACGCACUCUAUUUGCAUGUUCAACAUAAAUGUCAUCCUCCUCUUUGCCCUUAUUUCCUCUGUUCUCACACAGGUGUCUGAAUGUAUACUACUGCACAAAGGAGUGUCAGAAGAAGGACUGGCCUCAACAUAAGAUGUUCUGUGAGAAGCUGCGUCUAGUGGCAGUUGAUCGGCUGGUGGAGUGGCUUAUGUUCACAGGUGAGACGUAGAAAGGUGUGGGAGAGAGCUGAUAUUGUAACACAUUUCUUGACCAUUUCUUCUGUACUUAUAGUCCCACACUCUCAGCUUUUUGAAAGUGCAACCAAUUCAAAUAUCAGUUCAUUGCAAUGCAAUAUUGAAAUUCAAGAAAAUCUGAAUACACAGUGUCUGAAACUUUAAAAUGGCGUAUAACAAUGUUCAAUAUUAGGACCAUCAUUUUUUUAAAUGUCACUAUUGUUUUGUAUGAUAUUCCAUAGUAUAACUAGGUUUUCUGUGCUACUAAAUGACGACAUACAGUCAUCAAGGGUCCAUAUUUAUUUCAUACUGCUUCUCUUUGCCACCCAAUCAGGAGAUCUCCCAUUCACCACAGAGAAGUGGUCCCUGCCAGCAGCAGAGGUGAAGGGCUGGGACGACUGGCUUGCCAUGCAAGGUGACCUAACCCCCCGUCUGGACGCCAUCUUGUCUAGCACAAAUAUGGGAGUGCUUUGGAAAAAUGCCUCUAGGCCACGACCAGAAGAUGCUGACCUGAGAGAUUCUGUAUGGCGAGUUGAGAGCGAGUUCCUGUCUCGGGCACUUUCUGUUGGCAUGGCGAUAAGACUCUUUGGCCUAGAUCCUUACUUCAAACCACUCACCAUCCAUCUAGCAGGGGCCGGCCUAAAUGAGACGAUGGGAGCCCGAUUGACAGACUUUGAUGAACUGGACCGAAUGUUUCCUGGACACAAGGGUCUGGAGGUGGUGAUGGUGGGGCCAGAGGUGGUGGAUGGGCCCAUCAUGAGGCCCCCUCUGACGAAUUUUGGCCCCAAGACGAAGACCUUUAUCAGUGCCUACAAGGGCCUCUACCACCAGUUCUAUGAGGAUAUGGUAGAGACCGAGAAAGCAGCUAAGCCAGAUCUGGUGGUUGGAUUCCAUCCAGGUAAACAUUUCCUUGUUUUAAAUUCAAUCCAAUUUAAAAGAGGGUUAGGGUUGAAAGAACGGUAGUUGGCAUAAUGAGUUGAAUGCCCUCUUCAGAGUUCUGAGAAGUCUGUUUUUGUUUGAAACAUGUUAUUGCCAGAUUUGCUGCGUCAAGCUAUUUUAAGGGUCUUAUCUCGGCACCCAGAACCAAAUCUCGCGUGUGCCCUGGCCAUCUGGUAACUGUCUGUCCUGACAGAUUAAGCAGAGUCAAACUCAAGUGGUCAGCUGUCUUUGAGAGGAAAAUGGUCUGCUUUAGAGCCAGGAUGAUGGGGGAGGAGGAGAGUGUUACUCACUAAAUUAGAAAGAUGUGUUUAGGCCAGACUUUUACUGGGCGUCUUAGUGAUUCAUGGCGACAGCUGGGCCGAACCUGGCACCUGAUUGCUGGACUCUGCGCAAUCUCCUGCUGCGAGGGAGAGUUCCAGUCCCCCCUGGAGUUUACUUAACACGCAGCCCCCAACCCCGUCACCACCCCUGGCAGUGUCCUUUUCACAUCCAAACCCAGGCAACCCUAUCCCAUAGUCAAGCCCCGUCUCUGUAGGUACUAAUGAAAGCUGAGAACUGCUAAGAGGGCGAAGGUAAUAAAGUAGUUUCAUUCUAGUGCCACAUGUAAAGGUGGUCCAAGCAAGGCUCUUUACAAUGCAUUGACAACAGUGAUGCAUCUAACUUCAAAACAUGCACUUAUUUUAUCUGUUACUCUUUUAACAAUAACUUGACUUACUGAUACAGUCUAGUAUCUUCUCUGGUUGAAACUGGCUAAUCUCUACAGUGUUUCAAACAAUCCAGAAUGGUUAUAUGCCAAGAAUGUUUGACUCUCCAACUGGAAACUCCACAAAGACAGCUGAUGGAGGAGUAAUUAGUGACAUCAUCACAGCAAAGAUAGAGACUGAAGCAGAGACCCCAUAUAAAACCUUAAUAAAACACAUGCAAGUCCAACUUUUCUGUACUUGGUUCAGUCAUUGAAAGCCAUCUUACACUGCCUUUUCUCCUCCUUACAAUGUUAAACUACCCUCAUAGAAGAAGUAUAACGAAUCCAGAUAAUGGUCCUAACUGUGGUAUAUUUAGUAUCUUUGUCACACAUUCAAAAUGGCGGCCGGCCCUGUAGCCGGUGGUUAUUGCGACCAUUAACAGUCAUGAUGUAAAUGAGCUCCUGAGUGGCGCAGUGGUCUAAGGCACUGCAUCGCAGUGCUAACUGUGCCACUAGAGAUCCUGGUUCGAAUCCAGGCUCUGUCGCAGCCGGCCGCGACCGGGAGACUCAUGGGCGGCGCACAAUUGGCCCAGCGUCGUCCAGGGUAGGGGAGGGAAUGGCCGGCAGGGAUGUAGCUCAGUUGAUAGAGCAUGGCGUUUGCAACGCCAGGGUUGUGGGUUCGAUUCCCAUGGGGGCCCAGUAUUAAAAAAAAAAAUGUAUUCACUAACUGUAAGUCGCUCUGGAUAAGAGCGUCUGCUAAAUGACGUAAAUGUAAUGUGGUGUCUCUCUGUCACCUUACCUCCUAGAGGGAUAAACGCUGCUUAGUCCGUGUUAAAUGUUUUAUCGCCAUUUAAAUUGUAACCUUGGGUGUAUAUUUCAUAACAUGCAUUAUUCACCCGCAAAUCCUCUCCUUCUUAGGUGUGUGUUCUCUCGCGAGACAUGAUGGGGGCAUAAGACUGUGUUUAAUGUGAUACCCUACAUUAGAAGCUUUACACUGUCCCUGUAAUAGGCUCCCUCGGGACGCCUUUUCUGAACAUGCACUCCAUUGCUGCUGACAUUCCUGUAUGCUUUAAUGUGACCCCUUCGAUAUCCAUAUUUUGAAUGAGAUAUGGACACUUUCUGUGUGCAAAACAGUGUAUGCACAACAUUAGAUUGUAUUCUCUUUUUUUGUUUUUGCCUGAUUGAUAUUUUUUCAGAUUCAACUUGAGACUCAUUCAAUGUAUUGUCCAUACUUGAGGAGAUUCAUGUGUAUGUUUCUCUUUGUGUCCCAGGGUUUCAUGCCACACAGGGUCUGGGAGAAGGCUGGCUGCCUAGCCUCCUCCUCCUGAGAGAUUUCAACAUCCCCUCAUUCUUCACCAUGUACAAGUAAGUCACCUCACCUCUAUGCUUUAAGACAGUGGUGUUCAGGAGUGGUGUUCAGAAGUUCUUUCUGACCAUCUUACCUGACCAGGACCUGACAAGUUAAAGGGUUUUAACUGGUCAGGUCAAGUAGUAAGGCUUUGCUCAAAGCUAGGAUUGUUGUUGACUUAAAUAGGGUUCAGAUAUCAUGUUGUGUGUUUUUCUGUCUGUCCACAGUGAGAUGGAACUGAACUAUUCCCUGCAAAUUCUGUCUGAGUUGGAAAUGCAUAUCAAGGGCAGUGGCCCCAACCCCUUUUCAUCCCUGAAGCCAGAGCAGGUCCAGGCCUGUCCCAACAAACCACCUUCAUACUGCAACUCCCACUUCCUCUAUUUUCAGGGCCUACGGGAGCAAGAAGAGCUUCAGCAAUCGGACAAUUAUAAAACUUAUUGGAAGGCU